CAACCCGUGGCUUCCAUUUUCGACUUGCGCCAUGGGGCCUUCGUCCAACGGAAACCACUUCCCGCGCUUCGGGGGCUCGGGUCCGCAAGUCCUGGUCUUCGGGGAUGACCUCACCGGCCAGAUGGUCCAUGGGCAGUGCCAGAGCUACGGCGCUCAUCUGGGAAGCUGUCGGGUCCAGGUCUGCGGUCUCAGCGGCCUGGAAUCCGCGGAUUUGGUGGAGACCAUGGACGAGAAGACUUUCCGAGAUGCCGACGGCCAGGUCUGCCAGGGUCUCCGCCGGAUUCUGCGCAGCGCCGCGAACUCGGAAAGCCCCUUCGAGCUGGCGUUGCUCAUGGCGGGCUCUCACGACCUCUCGGAUGCUCGUACGGCUGCCGCGGCGAUCGCUACCACCAUCAAGUGCAUGCACACCGCUUGCCACUGCGAGCAAGUGCGGACUGUGGCACUGAGCGUGCCACCGAACAAGCUCUUGGCUAAAGGCGGGCGGUACCGAGAGCGCUGGGGCCGGGCGAACUGCCUCCUGAAGGCUUGGGCGUGCGGACCCGGCGGCGACGAGGGCGUGGUGGGCUUCGUGGACGUGGCGGAGGUGCUGCCGCUGGACGAGUUCUGGGACCAGGAUGGGCUCCACCUCUCCGCGGCGGGGUGUCGGCGCUUGGGUGAGCACUUGCAGCAAGCGCUGGGGAGUUAUUUGGCCAAGCCCAAGCCGAGAAAGCAGCCCAACUCGCUUUCGCAGCCCAUGCCAAUGCGCCUGGAGCUGCCUAGGCAAGAUGCCGAGAGCUCGGGCCCGCGGUCGCGCUGGCUCUUCUACGGGGACAGUUUGACAGCUGGGUACCACGCCUUUGGCCGCCUCUUCGCGCCCUAUGCCGAGAGCUUGGGUCAGGCCUUAGAAGUGGAAGUGGAGCUCUGGGUCUGCGGGCUGAGUGGCCUCGCCGCGCUGGAGCUGCUCGAGAUGAAGAGCUCCGCGCGGAUCCGCGACGCGGUGAAGCGCACGGGGCCCGGCAUCCAGCGCUUGCUGCAGGAGCACAGCUUUGAGAUGGCCUUCAUCAUGCUCGGCACCAACGACCUUUCGCAGUCCGAGGAUGAGGAGAUUUUCUCGGCCAUCCAAGGCAUCCACGAGGAGUGCCACCGGCGGAACGUCUUCACCUUGGCCUUGGCCGUGCCGCCCAGCGCUGCUGCCACCAAGCUCCAGGACAUCUCCGCCAUACGCCAGGGUGUGAACCGACGGCUGCAGAAGUGGGCGGCGGGCAAUUCCAAGACCCACUUCAUCGACACAGACCGGCUGCUGCCCUUUCAGCGGGACUCGGAGCUCUGGGAACUCGACGGGCUCCACUUCUCGCGCAAAGGCUCCCAGGAGCUGGGCCGCGGCCUGGCGCGGGAAGUGGCGGCGCUGGCCUCGCGCAGAUCUGAGCGGGCGACCGAUUCGACCGAGUCGCAGGAACCGGGGAAGCGGGGCAGGGAGGAGCCGUGCUCCGAGCGCGCGAACGAAAAAGUUAACUUUGGCAAUGGCCAGGAUGGGAUGAAGGCUGUGGUCGGGGAAUCCAUGAACUGGAAGACCAUCGGCAAGGUGCUCCGUGUCAAAGACACGUUGACCAAGGACGUGGACUACCACGCCUUCCUGGGCCGGUUCCGCGUCACCGUGGUGGGCGGGCCUGCAGGUGGCCAGCGCUGGGCAGAGGAGCUCCUAGGGCGCUUCUAUGGCCGCCUCUUGGCCCUCAAGGGCGACGCUGGCUCCUUGGAGGAGUUGGAGGGCUUCCUGGGCGGAGAGGAUGGACAGGUGAGCACCACUGACGCGCUGCAGGCCUUUCGCUGGGUGCUGGGGAACUACAUCACUGAGGAUCAGUCCAAGUCCUUGCUCCGGACGUUGGCCGCCCAUGCGCUGCCGGACCCAUCACCUGUUGGUCGCCCCUUGGGUGUUUUCGAGUUUCUCUCGCGGCUGGAUAUCUGCUUCCAGCAGCAGGCGUCCUUGAACUCCAAGGGCUCUGAGAAGCGCCUUGAGAAGGCCACGCCCUGGGCGCGCUCCGUUUUGGCGCGCCUGGGGCGGUUGCUUUGGAUGGAGGACGCCGAGGGUUCGCCCAAGGCUGCCUCCACCCGGAUGCUCCAGGUCUUCCGAUUUUUCGACAAGGACGGCGACGGGCUGCUUCAGCGCGAGGAGUUUUCGCAGGCUGUGAAGCAGCUGCUGGCCGAGUACAAAGAGGACUUGCCGGAAAUGUUGAAGGCAGAGUCGGCCUCGGAUGAGCGGAUCAAUGAGCUCGUGGACUUGGUGGACAUCUCCGGGGAUGGCAUGGUGAAUUACUUGGAGUUCCUGCACGCGUUUCAGCCAGUGGACAGGACCCCGGGCAGAGGCCUGCGUUGCGACUUGAUGGAGCAGAUCUGCACCAUCAUUUGGCGCAACAAGGCCAGCCUGUUGCAGGCCUUCAAGUUCGUGGAAGAGGCAGAGUGUGAAGCCAGCGCCAAGCCCAUGACGGGCCGCGUGUCCAAGGAGAACCUGAGGCGGACCCUGAAGUCCCUGAAUGCAUCGCUGGAAGCCAGCCAAGGAGUCGGCGUUCACGGUGCACCUCUCACCAGCGACCAGAUCGACAUCCUGGUUGACCACGCCGUGUUCGAUGCGAACAAUACGCUGGACUAUGAGGCGUUCCUGGACUCCUUCCAGAUUGUGGACAUGGGCUCCACCAGAGAGUCGCAGAUCACAGCCAUGAAGGAGCCCGAAGGCUCCGCAGGCUCCGCGCGGGAGGCUCGCGAGACCUCCGCAGAUCGCCGGUCCUCGAGCGGGUCCCGGUCACCGCAGCGAAUGGCCUGA